CUGUGCUCAAUGCAGGAAACUGUCUGAAGCUUGACGUCUAUGCGGGUUAUUCAAUAAAUACCAAAAAUAGUUGGAGCACUGUUUUUUUCUAUGCGACUCCAGAUUUUACACCACUUUAAAGCAUUUGGAAAUUCAAAGAGAUCGGUGAAGCAUUUGCAAUGACUGCCCCAACUUGGAUGCAGUUGCUGCUGCUCUGUGCUUGUUUUGGGCCUGUGGCGAGCAAACCAGAAUGGAUGUUACCCCAGUUCCCUUGUGAUGUCAUGGCUCUGAAUAACUCAGAAGUCAUAUUUAACUGCAACGGGCAGAGACUGCAAAAAAUACCGACUGGCAUAACAAGUAACGCAACAGCGCUGAACUUAGCGGAGAAUCUAAUCAGUCAUGUUCCUUCUUCUUCCUUUGCCACUCUGACGAAUCUCACUCACAUCAACCUGAGCAAGGCAAACAAGAAGCAAUUUGUGACGAUUGAUGACAAUACGUUCAGAAAUUUGAGCAACCUGCGUGUGCUACAGCUGAAUGGCAACCACCUGAAGGCAGUGCCCGUCACAUUGCCAAUUGGUUUGGUUGAUCUCGAGCUAAACAGUAACAAGAUUUUGUCUUUGGAUAACAGCAGCCUUAUCGGACUGACAAAUGUGACCAAGCUAUUGCUAGCCAAGAAUUGCUACUACUGGAACAUUUGCGGGACCAAUUUGAACAUCACGGAAGGCACUUUUGCAGCAAUGACCAAACUGCAGAAUUUGGACCUGUCCUUCAACAACCUAACGGAAGUUCCCAAAGGACUGCCUUCAUCACUGUUCAAGCUAGACCUGUCAUCCAAUCAAAUCCAGCGCAUAUCGCAAUAUGACUUCCGUGGCAUGAAUCAAUUAAAAGAGCUCAACUUGGCAGGGAACUGUCCGAGAUGUCAAAACGCUCCUUAUCCCUGUGCUCCCUGUCAAAACGGGUCCCUCUACAUCCACGCGGUCGCUUUUGAAAACCUCACCCAGCUGGAAAUUUUGAGUCUGGCGGGAAACUCACUGACCAUCAUCAAGCCAUCCUGGUUCAAGAAUCUGACACAACUUAGACAACUGUUCAUUUCAUUUAAUUUCUUGCUAAGAGUAAUCACCGGGGAGGCUACGUUCUUUCAAUACCUCCCUAAACUCGAAAAAAUAGAUAUGUCUUUCAACUUUGCACUGCAGGACUAUCCCCAGACAGUACGUCUUUCCAAGUAUUUCUCAAGUUUAGUGUCACUCCAAAUUUUGCAUUUAGAAGGUUUAGUAUUCCAGGAACUCAGAGCAGAGUCACUUGAACCUCUGUUCGAGCUGAAAAACCUGUCUGCGCUGAACCUGCAGACCAACUUUAUCAUUCACUCCAAUUCCAGCAUAUUUAGAAAAUUGACAAACCUGAAAAUGAUAAACCUUGCUGAAAACCGAUUAUAUCCGACGAAGGUGAGAAGUGAGGAACAUUCAAGUAUGGGACUCCAUUCCGUUUCAAAGAUCAGGGAGCGCCAGCCGCAACUCUUUGAGAUAACGCACAAGUUAAUCAAACAAGAGUGCUACGAUUCUGGCCGAGUACUGAGCCUCAGCUCAAAUAAUUUGUUCUUCAUCUCCCCGCGGCAAUUUGAAGGCUACGGCAACAUCUCGUGUCUUAACCUUUCAGCCAACGGAUUCUCGGCGGCGCUUAACGGCACCGAGUUCUCCUUCAUCCCGACGCUGAAGUAUCUGGACUUGUCAUACAACAAGAUCGAUCUGGCUUUCGACCAUGCCUUCAGCGAACUGAAAAACUUAGAAGUACUGGACUUAAGUUUCAAUUCUCACUACUUUCAAGCCUACGGUAUAGCACAUAAUCUACACUUUUUACGAAAUUUGCCUGUCCUGAGAGUAUUGAAUAUGAGUCAAAAUUACAUUUCCACGUUGACGACAAAAGAAAUGGAUAGUAAAUCGUUAUCGGAACUACAGUUUCGGAGCAACCGUCUCGGGCAUCUAUGGAAAGAAGGGGAUUACUCCUACGUUACACUUUUCAGAAAUCUAAUCAAUUUGACCAUAUUGGACAUAUCCGAAAAUCACAUCAUCCAACUUCCCGAUUGUGUUUAUGGAUUUUUACCCCAAAACCUGACCACGUUACGUAUAAGUCACAAUUUGUUGACAGGCUUCAGAUGGGACAAGCUAAGUCAUUUUGUUCAGCUUCAAAGUCUGGACCUGAGCUUCAAUGCCAUAUCGGAUGUUACAGGUAUGGACUGCAGUGUUCAGUUCACGUUGACCAGCCUGGACCUGAGUCACAAUAACAUUUUCCAGUUGAAUGAUGGCUUUCUGAAAGGCGCCAAAAGCCUCAUGACUCUCUCUCUGAGAGCCAACAAACUGAGCCUCAUUAAUCAAUCGACCUUCCAAAGGGGCCCCGACUCGCCGAUACUAAACUUAUACUUGGCAGAUAACCCGUUUCAGUGCACCUGUCGCUUGUUAGACUUCAUUCUGUGGAUUGAAACCAGUGGUGUGCGCAUCCCCCGACUAACAACCGAUGUGAGAUGCGAAGCGCCGGAAAACCAGAAGGGUCGCGCGCUCAUUUAUUUUGACAUCAACCAGUGUGUGAAUGGCAGUCCUGCUUUUUUUCUCUGGUUGCUUUCAAGUUCUUUCAUCAUUGGAUUCAUGUUUGUAGUGACGAGUGCGCACUUAUUUUACUGGGACGCUUUCUACAUUCUACACUACACGAAAGCUAAACUGAUGGGCUACCACUCCCUGAAGUCGGUCCACAAUCUUUAUGACGCUUUCGUGACUUACGACACAAAAGAUCCCCAAGUCUCCGAGUGGGUGAUGACGAACUUGAGGGUGAAGCUGGAAGAGGAAGGCGAAAAGCAUCUUCCUCUGUGUCUGGAGCAAAGGGACUGGAUUCCUGGAGUGCCCCUGGUGGAUAAUCUCCUUCAGAGCAUCCGACAGAGCCGCAAAACCAUGUUUGUCCUGACGGAGGGUUAUGUUAAGACCGGGGUCUUCCGGCUGGCCAUUUACCUGGCCCAUCAACGGCUGCUAGACGAGAACCAGGACGUGAUCGUGCUGCUGAUGCUGGAGCCCGUGCUGCAGCAUUCCCACUUCCUGCGGCUCCGUAGGAGAUUGUGUGGCAAAAGUGUGGUGGAGUGGCCUAAAACAGCGGCCGCGGAGCCAUGGUUUUGGCAAAACUUGCGCAACGUCAUCAGGGUGGACAAUCAGGUCAUGUACAACAAGACCUACUCCAUGUACUUUACCAAUAUGUGAUGCGGUCCUUCUCGAGCGCCAUUUUUUUUCCAAUGACAGCGAGGAAAUGGUAUAUGACUUGUUGGCAGCUUUGUGAAGACACUAUUGAUGCCUUGCAAUUAUCUUGAUAAUGUUCUAAUUGUUCUUCCUUUUUUUAACCCUUUCAAACCAGAAUUAUAGCUACAAAAUAAAUAAAAAUACCUGCACGUCAA